UGUAGGGGAGGGAUAUUGAUUAAAUUCCCGCGAAAUGCGCUCUGCUGUUAAGAAGUAAAUACUUGCUCGAUGCCACUGAAGAGGUAUCAUUGUCGAGAAGGUGUCACGUGCUUUAUUACGUCACAAAAAAAAAACCGAAUUCCCAAUCAAAAGCAAUCAGUAUGUGCUUCAACGCAUUCUCCUAUCGUUAUCGUACGUACAAUCGGCCAUUAGAGGAAAAAACUUGAGUCAACAUUACAGUGUGUGUUGCGCAUGGAUGUGGUCAUACGUAGAUCAUAUAGAAAACGAUCCUCGAGAAUCAUUACGCUAGGCGGCGACAAACCGACCAUCCUCGAAUACACGAGUACGAGUGUGUCCAUUGGUAGGACUUUGCGCAAUCUCCGGCGAAAAAGCCAAAGUGCGUGUUCUUUUGGCUUUUAUUUGAAGGGAGAAAGCCUAUAUAAUACUGUUGCUGAUGUUCUUGCUUCGGCGAGCCGGAGAAAGAGCAGACGAUAUACGCAUUCACUGACUUGUGAAUUAAAGGCCAAAGGAUGAGGCUUUUUCAAUAGCGAGGAUCAUAACGGAAUAUGUUAAAUUAAAAACGAUAUAUAGCAAACUUUUCCUUGAAUUCAUGGAAAAUGUGGUCCAAAUUUUUUCAACACUAUAGGGAUCCAUAUUUAGUCUCCAGAAUUCAAGAAUUUUUUGGUGUUCAAAUUCAUUACAAUGAACAUAGUAAAAACAAAGCAAUAAAUACAAUUAAUGAUUGGACAGCAAAAAAUGAAAAAAAUAGCCCAGCAAAUGCUAAUUCGCAUUUAUCGAAGAAUGGACAUGUAAACCAUGAGAUCGAAAGAACAAAUAAUAAUCAUCAAAAUGAAUCUCGUUUAAAUAGUGAUAAUGCAUCCGCUAUUCAUGUCGAAGAUAAAAUAAGUUAUAAGAUAAAAAAUUACUUUUGGUAUUAUUUAUUUCUUUUUGGAACGGAAUUAGGUGAUGAAGUAUUUUAUUUAACAUUUAUUCCAUUUUGGUUUUGGAAUAUUGACGGAUCUGCUGGGCGUAAAAUUGUGCUUGUUUGGGCAACAAUAAUGUCAAUUGGACAAGCUUUAAAAGAUAUUAUUUGUUGGCCUAGACCUUCGUCUCCACCAGUAGCAAGAUUACAAAAAAAAUGGUCAUUAGAAUAUGGAAUGCCAUCGACACAUGCCAUGAUUGGAGUUUCCAUUCCUUUCAGUGUUAUUCUUUUCACAAUGAAUAAAUAUAACUAUUCUAUAGUUGCUGGCUGUAUUGCUGCAAUUUUAUGGUGUUCGUUAAUUUGUGUAAGCAGAAUAUAUUUGGGCAUGCAUACUGUAUUAGAUGUACUUGUUGGAUUAAUUUUAUCCAUUUUAUUGAUGAUCCUAUUUGUUCCAUUGGUAAAUAUAUUGGAUUACUAUUUUCUUACUAAUGGUUGGACCCUCUUAGCAUUUGUAAUCAUUAGUAUAUUAAUAAUAAUUUAUUAUCCACGCAGUGAUAAAUGGACACCAACAAGAGGAGAUACUACUCUUGUUAUUUCCGUAACUGCUGGUGUUCAUGUUGGUGCUUGGCUAAACUAUAAGACUGGAGCAUUUGUAAUGCCAAUUCAGCCUCCACCUUAUGAAAUCAUAUGGCCAUCUUAUUUAAUACUUGGCAUAACAACUUUAAGAACAAUUUUUGGCUUUUGUUGUGUAUUAGGCACCAAAGUGAUUUGUAAAACUCUUACUUAUAAUACAAUGUGUGCUAUAUUGCAAGUUAACUCAAAGGAAUUAAUGCAAAGCAAAGAUUCCUUAAAGAAUAAAAAGAAAAUACUAGUCGAUUUGGUUUACAAAUAUAUUACUUGUUUUAUGAUAGGUUUCAAUAUUGUUUAUUUACUACCGAAUAUCUUUGCCAUGAUAGGUAUAGAACGCCCAACUUUCUACACAGAAUAAUAAGUAAACAUUACUUAAUAAAUGUUA